ACGAUAUACAGAGCGGUAGAUGUUCUCUCCAAGAUAGCGGCGCAUCGACAACGUCGGCCCUACGUACCAUGGUCACCGGACCACCUAUAUCUCAUGUGAGUGGUCGGACACUCUGCCUUUAUUCUACCAGCAACAACUGCACUACCCAUACCCUGCAUGCGAUAAAAGCCCAUCGUCAUCGCAUUUUUCAUCAUCAUCGCACUCUUACUGUAUUGAUCUUCCAACAUCGUCCAACAUGGUUCUUCCAUCUCAUCCAUCGCCGCCACUCCCACCCGCCCUGGCAUUACCCGGGCCUUCCACCACACCUGCCGAGAUAACACAGUCCAUUCGCACUGCAUGCGCCAGCUCUUCCAGGUCUGCUUCAUCGCGCAAUACCAAGACUGAAGGCUCAGGACCAAGACCACGGGAAAAGAAGCAUGCCUGCUGGAUGUGCGAGAAAUCUUUUGAUAGGCCCUCCACAUUGAGAAAGCAUUUGCUCGUACACACAGGAGAAAAAGCAUUUGUGUGUGACACAUGUGGCCGUCGUUUUGGCGUUGCAUCCAAUCUUAACCGUCACGUUAAGCGGUGCAUUCUUAAGCCCGUAAACACUGCGAAUCGCACAAACCAGAUGACAUCCAGUGACUCUGCUGGGACGUCACAAGAAGCCACAUCCGUCCCGCCGGCAGAGGCUUCCGCUGUCUCACUGGCAGGCGCUGCCACAUCAUCUGAUUCUGAUUCGCGACCGAACAAGCGUGCUCGCGAUGAAUCGACUACGUCACCAUCAGAACAGCCCAAGGCAUCCGCAAAGAGGCGACGUCGCGCUCCGUCCCCGUCGCAAUGGAUACCGACAUCCCUUCUUCCAUUCAACCUUUUCCCCGUGGAGUCUACAACAGCGACAACUGUCCCCCUCCCACCUGUUACGGCAGUCAAAGACGAGGUAUCCAAUGAAUGGGUUGAGGAGCGCGACUCAUGGGACGAGAGUGUUGGCCUCACGCCAUAUCACCCUUGUGGGUGGAAAGGCACCCUCCCGGGCCCGGCCGUAGGGUUCGGCGGCAAAGAUGUAGGGAAUGUCGGCCUCGUGAAUGGAGGAACGUACGUUAUGGGAAGGCUUGUCAUGGUCUAAUCAUGUUGUCAUCUGCCGUGUUUUUCCCUGGAUUCUUGACUUUCUGCUCACGCUGAUAAAGCUGAGGGCCUGUUUCUUGUCAUUCUUGUCGGCUUAUUUGGACUUCAUUGGUUUUAGUUCCGCCCCAGCAUUUAUUCCUGACACAUCACCUACCGGCCAGCUCUACGUCUGGCCUCAUCACUAUUUGCUCGUUUUUUUUGGUCCGUUAGGGGUUUUGAAGUGCUGGUCAUCAGAUUGUUAUCUUCGUGCAUUAAACUACUAUUGUCCCGAGUACGUACUGUAACGUUAGCUUGUUAUGAGAUUUGCCUGUAUCGAGUAUUAUCCUGACG